AUUUCGCUGUCAGAGGUGAAACUUUCGCGGGCAAACCAAACUGAGACAAUAUUUGCAUAUCUAUUUAUGAAGUACGAUUCCACGCACUCCACGAGAUGACGCGGCGGGCUCCUUUCGCCGCAAUACCGGCAAAUGUCAGGGAGAGAAACGAAACAAUGAAAGCUCUCGAAACGGACGGGGGGAGUUGGAGCUCUCCCCGGCAUCGUCUUGUGUCCAGAAGAAAUUUCCGAGUGAAAACAGCGAAGCUAUUCCCGGCGACCGACCACCCCGUUGCUUCUUCCAGCCUUGCAGUUCCACGGGAAAGCGGAAUCGUCCCCGUUACAGUCCUUCCUCAUCUGCAUUUCGCUUUUAUAUACUUUCUUUCUCCUUAUUUCCGCGCCGUCUUUAUGUAGCGAGGCAAGGCAGAAGGAAGAAAAGCACUUCGCUCGCGCAGAUAUUUCUCUUUAUGUACACUUUGACAUAUAAAAAUUUCAACUCUGAGAAUAAUUCGUGCCGUUUGUUAAACACAGCUUCAGACGGUAACGUUACUAUUGUGUUUUCAAGCGUGAUAAUCAAUUUGAAGAACAGUGAGGCCGGAUCGUAAAGCAAUAUGCCAGAAACCACGGGAAAGUAAUUUAAAUUCUCAUUGAAAGAUCUAGCUGACAUAUAAGAUGCAAAGUUUGACGUACGACAUAAAAAGACGAGACAAUCAAGAUGAAUAUUUGUACAUCAUAUUAAUGUUAAAUACGUGAACUUGUCUCUCUCAAAUGCCCGAAUUAUUUUAAAUAACCUUAAACGACAAAAUUUUUAUUUAUAUUAAUAAAAAUAAAAUCAAAGAAUCUUUAAUAAUCGAGAACCAUGAAUCGUUAUGCAGUGUGUCCAACUAAUGCGGAAUAUGAUAAAGUAUCACAUGAGAUUGACAAUAACAUUUUAACCGUUAAAUUACCCAAAGAGAGACGCGUUCAACGCGUGGACGAACAAGCACAAGGCAAAAAAUGUAAAAAAGGUUGUCCAAGAAUCAACGUGAUACACGAUCAAAUACUUCCGCCGAAAAAACCGGAAGAAGAACUGUUAUUAUUAAAGACAACAAGACAAAUCACCCUCGACGAUAUGGUACACAGUCUUGAGGUGGAAUUUAAAUCACCGCGAAAUUAUAUACCGUUACCGGAACCAGGACCUCCCCCGCCCAUAAUUAUUCCAAAAGAAUCUCUUAUCACGAAGAAACUUGAGAAUAAAAACAAAAAGAAGUAAAGCAAUAAAGAUAAACA